AACUGUAUCUUUUGCUUCAAGGGUGAUCAUAAUCUUACUGAUGAACAAAUUGCAGGUAAGGAUUUUACACACUAUUAGACUCUAGCUUUUUACAGCGUACUCUUUAACUGAUAUUAAGUAGCAAAACCCAUCCCUUAACUUGUUUUCUUGUUACUAGUCCUACGUAUUUCAUCGACAUCUUUCUAUCUGGGUCAUGUGGAGGGUCGUGGAAAUAAAUUGACGGUUAACAGAAAACCAUACUCUGAUAUUUAGUACAAAAUGUUUCAACAUGUUUGUUCAAGUUUUAAGAAAAGGUUGUCUUUUCAGAGAAUUGAGAAAGUCCCAACUACACAUUGUUUACUCUUUGCACGUUUUUUCUUCUCUAAAGAAAUCAAGGAGGUUUUUUCGUGCUAUGACAAAGACGGAGAUGGUACAAUCACCACAGAAGAGCUUGGAACAGUGAUGCGAUCUCUUGGACAGAAUCCAACAGAUGCAGAACUUCAGGAUAUGGUGAAUGAGUUGGAUACGAAUGGUAAUUAAGUGUUCAGUUCGCCUCAAUGUUCUGUCGAUCGCUUGGCAGGAUAAAAGUUGUCUGUAGGAACAAGCAAAUUCUGAAAAAACAUAAUGAUAAUGAUCUGUUUUUGGCAUUGUUCACGCUUCUUUAAAUUACAUUCAAUUAUCCAGUUUGCCUUUGGUUUCAAGUUGUCCCAUUUAACUGGAAAUGUGUCAUUACUUUUAUGGGUUCUUUAAACAAAGCCAAGCAAAGUUCAGCAUUGUGAUUUCGAUUCGAUCCAUCGAUGGAUGCCUGUCAGCCCUUUGUUUCUAAACUUAUAAUAUCCAAAGGUGUCAGAAGCCUUAAAGGCUUCUGUAAGUACUGCAAAUCAUGCAAGUUCGCUUUGGUAUGCAAAUGUGGCAUUUACCAUCUUUGCCCCAUACCACUCCUCUAUUUUUUCGUCGAGCGUUCCGCCUCUGUAAACACCAUUCGGCGUACCUUCAAAGAAAAAGGACAUCUUUUAAUUUGGUCACAUAAGUAAAAAAAAAAAAAAACGCCCUGUACGUUCGAGUCUCUACUGAAUUACACAGUUAAACAUUACCAGGUGUAGAUAAUUUUUGCUAUAUUCCAGCAAUUUAAGUUACUAACUAACUAAUGAUUAGCUAGCGCUGAAGGUUUAUUCACAUAAAAUACCUCCCAUAACUUACCGGACGUAGGGGGCAUACAGUCAAGGUGUUACUGUGUAUUCCUUUAUUAUUUUUUUAAUAGGUAAUGGAAAAAUCGAGUUUGAUGAGUUUCUACCUAUGAUGUGUCGGAAAAUGAAGGAAGUAUACUUAGCUGAGGUAUUAAGGGAGACGUUCAAAAUUUUCGAUAAGGACGGCAAUGGUUAUAUUAAUGCUUCUGAGCUGAAAGAACUCAUGGAAAAACUGGGAGAAAAACUAUCAGAUGAACAAAUAGAGAAGAUGAUCGCCGAAGCAGAUUUGGACGAAGACGGUAAAGUCAGUUACAAAGGU